AUGUCAUCUCCUCUAGUACCUCCUCUGUUCUGUCACUCCUUGGGAAUUAUUGAACUUGGAAAUGCAAAAUUUCUUAGUGAUUUUCAGUUUAAUGAGCAAAAAAAGAAUCCAACAGUGUAUGUUGAUCCAUCUGGACAUGGCAAUUUUGCAACUAUUCAAUCAGCCAUUGAUUCUGUCCCUCAAAAUAAUAAAUAUUGGAUCUGUAUUCUCAUCAAACCUGGACAAUAUAGGGAACAAGUGAAAAUCCCAAGAGAGAAGCCAUAUAUUUAUCUAAAAGGAGAUAAAAGUGGAGAAGUUAUUGUAACUUGGAAUGGUCAUGGCUCAAUUGCUACUGAUGCUACUUUCACUACUGAAGCUCACAAUACAAUUGUGGAAAGUAUCACAUUUAUAAAUUCUUAUAAUUACCCUCCAAAAAGCAACAAAAAUCCAAGGGUGGUGGCAGUGGCAGGCAUGAUUUCUGGUGACAAAUGUGUAUUUUACAAGUGUAAAUUUCUUGGAUUUCAAGACACAUUAUGGGAUGUUGAAGGAAGACAUUAUUUCAAACUUUGUAACAUUGAAGGAGCUGUUGAUUUCAUCUUUGGUAAUGGUCAAUCUAUUUACGAGAAUUGUACAAUAUCAGUAAAUGCAGGAGCUUUAGAUGGAUUAAUAGGGUAUAUAACAGCACAUGGAAGAGAAAACCCUAAUGAUACAAGUGGAUUUGUGUUCAAGAAUUGUAAUGUUAUUGGAAAUGGGCAAAUUUUCUUGGGUAGACCAUGGAGACCAUAUGCAAGAGUUUUAUUCUAUGAUUCCUCUAUGUCUAAUGUCAUCACUCCUCAAGGUUGGGAUGUUGGAGUCUUUGGUGGCAAAGAGUAA